GCACCACAACCAGCAACAACUGCGCGGCGCGUCGCGAUGGCUUCGCAGCUCGUGCCCAACUUGUACAGAGCGCUCUUGCGAGCCGCGAAGGAGUUCCAUUCGUACGAAGUUGAGCACAAGUGUUUGUAUGCCGCAGUUCGGUCUGGCAGUUUGAUGCCGUAUGACGGUAUUCGUGAAGACUGGAAGCAAGAACAGUCGCUUCGGUCGUUGGUGGACGGCAUGACUCCGCACGAAACUUUGGCGUGGGUCGAUCUCGUGGCAGCAAUCCGUAGCAAGUUCCGAGCAACCGACGUCAAGCUCCCUGUAAACGAACGCAUCGACCGCGCGUUCUCGACAUUGCGCCUGCUUGGCCUUCACAACGACAUGGUCCAUUGCCACAAUAGCAAAGACUUGUUCACGCCCAAGGUAUGCGCGGUUGUGUCCGUCUGUCCACGUUCCGUCUCCUCUACUUCUUGGCUCAGUCUCUCGAGUUAUCCUUCCAGCGUCGCGAUGCCUUGCCAAUGGAAGUUCUGUUCAAAGUCGGCGACAUCGUUCGUGUGGAAGGCGUCGGUCGUGGCGUUGUUUGCAGUUGGCACGUCCCGCGCCUCAAGUAUCGCAAGUGCACACCUAAGUACACUAUCCUACCUCAUAUUCGACCCAAUCCUGACAGCAAGAGUGCUGCGGACGCCGACGAUUUCGGCGAUCGGUGGCGGCUCUACCACGUCGACGAAACACGCGUGACGCUCUCCCGCAAGGCAUCGCCCGUGAAAAACCCGUCGUUACUGUGUUACUUUGACGGGUUUGAAGGCGGUCGCCAUGUGCCGUGCCGGUCGCUGGCCGCUCGAUACCCAGACGACGACAUCGACGCCCCGAAGAAACCGGCGCAUAUUCCGUCCAUAUUGGACCUUCAGAACGCCGAGGAGCCGGACCUCGUGUUGUAUCUGCAAAGCGCGGACGCCACAGUUGCCCACAUCGCGAGAACUGUGCUGGAGGCGAAAUGGAUGGACGAUGCAGGUCCCACAGCCCGACGAGACUUGGAGGCGGCCAUGGAGGUGUACGCCACCGGCAAUAAAGCCGAAGGCCAACGACGGAUGAAAGCCGUGAUCAAAAUGCAUCCAGGGUAUGUCUCGGCCGUGGAAAUGCUCGCAAUUGCUGCGCUCGACAAUGGCAAUGCCGAGCAGUCCCUUGAAUUGUUUCAGCGCGUCGUGGAGCUCAAGCCGUUCCACUUGAGGGGACUGAGCGGCCUAGCGACGAGUGCCGCCAAGUUGAAGCGAUGGGAUGUCGCACACGCGUCGGCGGCCAAGCUGUUUCGCCUUGACCCCACCUCAUCCAUCGCGAAACGGGUGCUGGCCAAGGUUGACGACGCCAUUUAUUACCUGUUGUAGAACGCGCCGCGAGCUAUCGUCCAAAUAGAGAAUUCCACUGCAUGGAAUUGUGUUGCAUAGA